AUGUUUUGUCCGCCAUCUCUCAGUAUUCCACCUCCCUGCCUACAGGCGAGCACCAAGUACUAUGGCAUCCGCGGCAUCGAGCGCACGGGGUUCUACGGGUGGUUUGGGCUCAUGCUGGCAGUGCAGCAGCAGCCUGUCAUUGUGCACAUCGAGGCGUCCGCACCCUCCUUCCAAGACUACGAUGGGGUAAGGCACCCUCCUUCUAAGACUACGAUGGGAGGCAAGUACGCGGACGAGGAGUGUUUCAGCAACCACCUGAACCACGUGGUGCUGGUGGUGGGCUACCUCUCUGCGGGCUCCGACCCCUCCACCUCCGUGCUGGCGCCCUUCUGGAUCAUCCGCAACUCAUGGGGCACAGGCUGGGGCGACCAGGGCCACAUGCGCAUGGACAUUCGCAGUGGCGACGGCAUCUGCGGCAUCAACACUCUCCCAGGCCUCUUCCCUGUUGUUAGAAGCAGUGCUGAUCCAUGUGGGUCACGCUCCUUCCAGUACAGCAUUCAAGGCCCCGCCUUCAACCCGUGUGGGCGGUAUAACUGCAGCAAGAAGGGCACCAGCAAUCGCUGCAAGUGCACUGACGCCCGCUUUGCUCAACAUGCUCUUCCCAUCCACCUCCCUAUGCCCUCUGUCCAUGCUCCUCAUGCAUGCGCACAUGCCGCCCCCACUUUUCUCUCUUCACCUCCAGUGGACGUGUGUGGGUCCAGCACUCGCAACCCAUGUGUGGUGGGCACGUGUGUGAACGAUGGCAAGGGCAGCUACUCCUGUGUGUGUCCCCCGGGGUUCAUCCAGGGCACCACCCUCGCCAACACCGCCUCCUGUGCUCCGGGUAACACCCCUCUGCUGCUCUCCUCCUGUGCUCCGGGUAACACCCCUGUGCUGCUCUCCUCCUGUGCUCCGGGUACCUGCUCUCUCCUCCUGUGCUCCGGGUACCUGCUCUCUCCUCCUGUGCUCCGGGUACCUGCUCUCUCCUCCUGUGCUCCGGGUACCUGCUCUCUCCUCCUGUGCUCCGGGUACCUGCUCUCUCCUCCUGUGCUCCGGGUACCUUCUCUCUCCUCCUGUGCUCCGGGUACCUGCUCUCUCCUCCUGUCCUCCGGGUACCUGCUCUCUCCUCCUGUGUUCCGGUUACCUGCUCUCUCCUCCUGUGCUCCGGAUACCUGCUCUCUCCUCCUGUGCUCCGGGUACCUGCUCUCUCCUCCUGUGUUCCGGUUACCUGCUCUCUCCUCCUGUGCUCCGGAUACCUGCUCUCUCCUCCUGUGCUCCGGGUACCUGCUCUCUCCUCCUGUGCUCCGGGUACCUGCUCUCUCCUCCUGUGCUCCGGGUAACCACCCCUCUGCUGCCCUCUACUGCCCUCCUCCUGUGUUCCGAGUUGCAACCAUGUUCUGCCCUCCUCCUGUGUUCCGGUUCCUGCAGCAGAACAAGGUACCUGAGUGCUGCACAGCACCUAUCGGUUUCAUGCAUAGUACGGGCGACACGUGCACGAGAGUAGGGCGGCAGGUGGAGCUGUGUGGGGCGGCGGCGUCGGAUGCGGCGUGUGAGGCGGCAUUUCAGGCGCUCAACCCCGCUGUGGACUGCUCCUCCCUGAGGCCCUCCCAGGCCGUGUGCAUCGAGAGGGACCCCGGGGUGGCGAAUGUGACAGUGGUGUGCGACCAGUACUACCGGGCGCGCCUCAACGACACAUGCGACAGCAUCAGGCAGCUGGCGGAGCCUCCUCUCAGCCCUGUGGCCUUCUACCGCCUCAACCCCGGCGUCAACUGCAACCAGCUCAUCCCCCUCAAGAACCACUCCCGCUCCGCCACCACCUUUGGUGCUGAGGUGUGCAUUGGCAGCAUCACCAACUUCACAGCAGGCAUGUGUUCCAGAACCAGCACCUACACCAUCUCACCAGGGGAUGACUGCAAGUACAUCAAUGUCAAGUACUUCUACAGUAUCAAGGGCUGCUACAGGCGAAUGAAUGGGUAUGAAUGUGUGGAUAAGUUAAAGCCUGGAGUCAAGAUUUGUACUCCAAGUGCAAACAAGGCACGAAUCGGGAGUUGCAGAAUUUGA